AUGAAAACUCUACGAGCAAAAAUUUCUUGCUAUGCCUCGCAUGGAGUAUGGAAAAUCGUAAAUCCCCUUUUAUCAUCAUUAGCUCCAAAAGAAGUUAGUGAUCCUUUUGAUGCAAAACAGACAGAAAUGAUGAAAUUUCACGUUACAACACUUCAUGAAAUCGAACCAUCAAAUCUUGACUCAUAUUACUUGGCGCCACAUAUAAUUUUAUAUUUCUUUGACUCUAAAAGUCAGCAAGAAUUCAAAAAGAAUGAAUUGCCAACUCUAGAAACUUUUAGAAAGAAGUAUACACGCGGCUACAUUAACAUUCAGUACGUUUUUGUUAAUGAUCCGAAGAAAACAGGUACAAAAAGCUUUUUCGGCGAUGGAUCUAACUACAUUCCUUAUUUACAGCUCCAGCUCAAUGAUUUAUCUGUUUUUCACAUCAAAUCAAACGGAGAAAUCAAAAAGAAAGAUGUUUCAAAUGCUUGGAACGAUUAUACAACAUUAAUUAAGCAAUCUGUUCUUCAAAGAGUCGAAGAUCUUAAGAAAUUAACACAAAAUGUUACAAAAAUCCAAGAUUUCCGAAAUGCAUUAACUUAUGUUUCGAUAUAUGAUGAUUUAGGCUAUUACAGCUACUCUUUACAAGUUUUAAACCAUACGAAGAAGCAACUUCUCAAGAACGCUUCAGAAAUAUUCGAUUGCUUUAUGUCAAGAGCUUCUUAUGGCUAUUCUCUUGAUUUAUCCACCGGAUCUGACGAAGCGGAAGAACAACUUGCUUCAUCACCAGAUUCAAUACCAUUAUACGAUCUACUUUUCAUACUCUCGAAACGCGUAGUUUCAUGUUAUUUUUCACUUGAACGACCAUGGAGCUCAAUCGAAGCCGUUUGGGUAUUUCUAACAGAAAAUCUCAAUACGAUAUCAUCUACAGGCCUGCUUGAACAGCACCAAAUCAAUCUUUGGGUUGCAAAUGUUUUGGCAAUUUUGAUUCAAUUCUGCCAGAACGAGAUAUCGAUGGGACGUACCCAAACGUUUAAAUAUUACACGGCAUCCCUCGAAUGGUAUCUUCGAAUUUUGCCAGUAAUUAAUGCAGAUCUCGAUAAAUAUCCGCCAGCCGAGGAAGCGAAGCUCGGACGUAAUGUUCUCGAAGUCCUUCAAGAAAAGGAUGGUCUUAGACACGAAAUGAACAAACUCUACGAACGAUUAUGCUUGAUUUAUGUAAAUAAUGGUUAUAUUCGUUCGGCAGCUUUGGUCGCUCAAGCUGAACGCCAGUAUACACAUGCAUCAAACAAAGAGAAGACUUUCAUGCACCAAAUGGUAAGACCACUCACUAAAGGCCCUCGAUUCCAAAAUCUCCAAAUUCCAUCACCGGAAUCUUACAAGACCCUCAAAGAUAAAGAAUGCAUGUUGGCUGCAGCAAUCCACCUCGUUAUUGGAGGCGAAGAUUCGGAAGUUGCCGCAAAAGUUUUGAAUGAUUUCUUCAGCGCUGCCCAUCCGAACGUUGAAGCCAUGAAAUUCAACUUCCCAAUUUCUGUUGAUGUCACGCAAAAGGUAAAUCCUACACGAGGACAAAUUUCUAAAUUUAAUAUGAAAUUUAUUUGUCCUUUCCAACACAAAAUACAUGUUCCAUUGGUAUCUCUGAUCUUCAGAUCAGAGACCAAGAACCUCAGCUCGAUCAUUGCAAAAGAUGUUGAAAUUUUUGAUGGAGCAACUGCCGAAUUUGAAGGAGUUUUCGAUUAUGUUGGUGUACAGAAGCUGUUUUCUGUUGAAUUCCACGCUCAAAACUUAUGUCUGCAGAUCCAAAUGACGAAUACAAAAUAUCAUAUCGUUGUUGACCAAGAAAUUCCUCCAUUCACCCUCAAGAUCGAACUUCCAGAAUAUUUACUUCCAAAUUGGCAGUACGCUCUUAUCAAACUUCAAUGUUCUCAGAAGAUGAAUCUUCAAAUGAAGGUAAAUGGUAUCAAAUACAAGUCCGGCAUGCUCAAAUUGGAGAACGAGAGCACGGAUAUCAAGCCAACCAUCAACGAUAAGAACGAAAUGGUCUUCGAAGACGUUCCUGAAGGAAAUCAUGAACUUUACGUAUUGAUUUUCGCACAGAACGUUGGAUCAUUUAGCAUAACUGUUUCAUCCGAAAACCAUUCAGAGACUGUUGAACAGAAAUUCCAAGUUUCUGAAUUUUUGGAUGUCAAAGUUGAAUAUUUAAGGUCAACAGGCGUUGGAAUGAUUACUGGAAGCACAGAUAUACAGAGAGGUAUCGGUAUCCAGAGCAUAUCCUUCUUAGAUAAGAACGGAGCAACAAUGGAAUCAAAUGCUAUCGGAAUUCCUGCUCCGUUGGGGCCAUCUAAGAGAACAGCUUUGUUCGAGAUCAAUGGUGUCCCUGAAACAGCCGUUGUUACCUUAAGCCAGGAAGGUUUGAAACCUUUCACACUCAGAUUUAACGUAUCUGAAAUUGAUGAGGAAAUUGUGGAGAUGGGAAGUGAAAUUGCUGUUGCCCCAUUAACAGUUUUGAUUCCGGAGUCUUCAAACUUAUUCACUGUGUAA